GUAGCAGGAGUGCCAAAAUGCCACAGUAGCUUGGACCAGUUACAAUGUCACUUAGGGACUUCAAAGUUCCAAACCCUAUAAGUGCAGGCGCUAAAAGGACGGAUCGAAUUGCGAAGAGGAAAAACCCGAAUCAAGUUAGAGUGCGUGUGCGACCUCGCAUUGAACAAAGCAACACUCAACAGGAAGUAGGCCACCACCAGCUAGAAGAUGAUGAGGGAGAGCAACAUGCUAACGUGGAAAUGCAUAUGGGCGCUUCAGCAGCGGAUCCGCUGCCGCAUGUGCACAGCGAGUCCGAUGAUGAAGACACCGAGCAAGGCGACGACGCAUCAGUGGACGUUGCAGCUCAGGUCAGGGUCCGAAAGGCGUUCUUAAAGCACUACGCCUCGGGGGCAGACAGCCGCAGCCGCCUCCUCGACAGUGCCGCCGACACGCUGCGGGCGUUGGCCCAGGCCAUCCCACGCACAUGUCCUGGGUGCGGCGUGUCCGCGGUGUUCGGGGGAAAGCGAUGUUCCGUGACAAUUGUCACACGGGAGCAGCCUGUGAUCGCGGAAAUACCUGUGGGCUGGUGCACAACGUGCAAGCAGGGCUGCAACUUGCUGCCGGUUCAGGCGGACUGCGUCUCCGACUCGAACAGCGGGUGGGACCUCGACCGCGCUCACUCUGGCAAGAACGUUCUCUGGUGGCACCAGUCCGUGCUGCAGAAGUAUGACAUCCUGUCAUUCAGGACCAGACAUCUCAGCGCAGACGCGUUUUGUGACGCUAUGAUGAACAGCUGGGAGCGCAAUGGGAUCUCCCGUCCAAGCUCUGUGUCGGCGACAACCCUGCGCCAGCGCAUGCGCGAGGCGCUGCUGCUGUAUAUGGACUGUCAGAACGUCAUCGAGGACUACCCGGAGGACACUAUAACCGACUGGCCUCGCGGCGCCCUGAACAGCUGCCCCUGCUGCGGUGACAGCGUCACAUGUGCAGCAAUGGCGGUGGACGCAGGCGCCGGGCCAGCGGGCGGCGCCAUGGCAGCCGGUGUAGCGGCUGCCCCUGCAGUGGUUGGGGAAACGGUGGUGGGCGCACGCGCCGGGCCGAGCGGCAGUGGCGGCGUGGCGGGUGUGGACAUGGCAGACGCCGGGCCAGCCGGCGGCGCCAUGGCAGCCGGCGUAGCGGCUGCCGCUGCAGUGGCUGGGGAAACGGUGGUGGGCGCACGCGCCGGGUCGAGCGGCAGUGGCGGCGUGGCGGGUGUGGACAUGGCAGACGCCGGGCCAGCCGGCGGCGCCAUGACAGCCGGCGUAGCGGCUGCCGCUGCAGUGGUUGGGGAAACGGUGGUGGGCGCACGCGCCGGGCCGAGCGGCAGUGGCGGCGUGGCGGGUGUGGACAUGGCAGACGCCGGGCCAGCCGGCGGCGCCAUGGCAGCCGCUACUGUGGCCAUAGGCUACGCGGCGCAGUACACGCAGCUUGCACGCCGCCGCUUUUUCCUGCCCAACACGCUCAUCCAGCAGGUACUUGCAGACGGCACGGCUUCGCAGCAGAUUGGAGCAACCCACUGCUCCAACUUCAACGCCGAUAAGGUGCUUGCAGCUGAGUCACGCAAGAACCUGAUCACGGCAGUCGGGGCUGUGCUAUGCCGGCACGGUAUGCUGCUGCGGUUGAUGAACCUGUUCGGAGGCGAACGUCAUGCCUACGCUACGACUGCGGCAUUGUCUCUCCUGAGCGCUGGAACAGCGGUGCAGUUCUGGUGGUACGACAUUGCUUGCAGGUGGGGCAAAUCCUAGAAAGAAAGAAAGGUUACACUGGGCCUAAGCUCCUAGCGUGAGAUUAUCGGAGAAU